AUGUCCAACACCCAACCCGAAGAUGAAGAAGCACUCGUCAAAGCCCGCGUCCUCGCGCACGAAGCCCGCCCCUACAACCGCCUCGUGAAGCGCUGCAGCAGCCUCACGACGCCCGACACCCCGCUCACGCCCGACGCCGCCGCCCGCCUGCGCGACGACAUCGACGCCGACUUCAAGUACUUCGAGAGCGUGAUCACGCGCAUCCAGCUGCUCAAGGACACCAACCGCCGCGAAGUCGAGCGCUACGAGAAGGAGAAGGGCGAUAUCCUCGAAACGGCCUCCACCGCCCGCAGCACCCUCAUCUCCCUGCGCACCACGCUACAAAAGACCCAGAACGAAAAAGCCAACAAGCUCCUCUACGACGCGAUCGCCACCGACAUCCUACGGACCGGCGGUCUCAAAGCGCGCGACGAGCAGACCGUGAACCUCGACCGUCUGCACAAGGAGAUCAGCGCGCUCGAGCGCGAGCGCGAGGACUACCGCACCGUGUGGGCUGCGCGGCGCGGGCAGUUCGUUCAGAUCGUUGAUCAGCUCGAGAAGAUGUGGGCUCAAAUCAAGGAGGACAAGGACGAGCAGGACCGGCGCGAGGGCAUGUCGGAGGAGGAGGAGGGCGAGGAGGUGGAGGGCGGGGCGGUGGCGGGGUUGAAGGUUGUGGGGGGUGGGGAGAGUGGUGAUGCGGCGACGCCGGCGGGGAUGACGCCGAGUGUGGGGGUGGGGGCGGAGGCGGAGGAGGAGAUGGAGGAGGGGGAGGAGAGUGAGGAGGGGGUUGGGGCGGAGGGGGAUGUGGAGGUUGGGGAUGCGGAGGUGGCGACGCAGCGGGAGGGGGAGAGGGAGGAGGGGGAAGAGGAAGAAGGGGAAGAGGAGGAGGGGGAAGAGGGGGAGAAGAUGGUAGUAGAGGAGGAAGAGGUGGAUAAAAUGGAUAUUGAGUAG